CAGAGGACGGAGAGAAGGCUCAGUGGUUUAAGCCCUUCCCGGUAUCACAGCUGCGCUUGAAGCGGGGAGCAGAUGCAGCUCACAGCAGUGCCCCCCAUCUUUCCAUUGCACCGAAGGAGACUUCGGGAAAUGACGGGAGCGCAGAAAUGGCGAGAUCCAGACAAACCACCCAGCUCUGCGCCCAGCUCUUCUCACCUGCUGUUCCUGGGACCCCACGGAGAAGCUUCGGGUGUCUCUCAUCUCUCAGAGCCAUGAAAUCCUUCAGCUCCAUUCUCCUCCUCCUGGUCUGCCUCCUGGCCCCGCUGAGCUCCAGAGCUGCCCCUUCAGCCUCACCUUCUGCGGGCUUCCCCGAGAUGGGCUAUCCCCCUGAAACCUCCCCUCACCCUUCUGAAAAUUCCACUCGUGACCUUCCUGACCCGGAACGCCCUGUGACUGCUUCUCCAGAGCCCUCCAAGACACCUCAUGUGGUUUCCCCUGAGCCCUCCCCCAUUGACUUCUCUGAGACCCCCAAACCUGACCUCCCAGAAAUCCCACAUCCAGAGUCUCCUAAGAACCCCCAACCUAACUCACUUAACACCUCAAUAUCAGAAUCCCUGGAGAAACCUCAAAUUAACCCCUCCAGAUUGACACACCCAGAACCUUCCAAGACCCCCCAACCUGAUCCAACUGAAAUUUCAUCUACUGCACCCCCUGAGACCCCCAAACUUAACUUAACAUUUCUUGAAAACCUGAGCCCUAACCUUACCCAGAUUCUACACCAUGAGUCCCCAGAGAUUCCCAAACCUAACUCCACUGAAAUUUCAUAUGCAGAAGCUCCUGAAACCCCAAACCCUAAUCCCACUGACAUAUUUCACCCCGAAUUUGCAGAAACCCACAAUCUGGAAGCCACUGACACCCGAAACUCUGAAUUCCCCCAGAGCCUCCAUUCUGACCCUACUGAAACCUCUGGCCCAGAGGCCCAUGUAACUCACAACCCUACAGAAGUCCCCCAAACAGAGCUCCCCACAACCCAUUCCCCAGAGGCAACAGAGACACUCAUGGCCUUUGACCUUGAGAUCUCGGCUAGUCUUCACCCAGAGACACCUGCACCCUUCAAGGAAGAAGCUACUGCCCUAAAUGAGCAACCCCAGAAUUCCAAACCAGAAACCCCAGCAGCCACCCAGCCUGAAUCCCUGAAACUAUCCACUUCAGAUUCCUCGGGAACCGUGGAGCCGACGGCCCCCCAAAACUCUAGCCCUAAAGAGCCCAACACCCCUCCUCCCUCAGUCCGAAUUGUAGCCCCCCCUGCUCCUCCAGGGCCCCCCAAUCAGCCGGCCCCUGCCACUCCGCGGCCGCCCCAAAGGCGCAGCCGAGGUGAGAGAGUCAACACGAUCAUCGUGGUGGAGCGAGUGGAGGAGACCGGGGUGACUCUGGUGGGCCGCCCCCGGGGCGUGGCGGGCGGGGCCCUGUGCCUAUUCCUCGCGGGGACCGGGCUGCUGAUCGGCAUUUUCCUGCUGCUGUGGUGUCUCUACCGCCGGGCCACCCGGCAUCGGCCCUUCGCACACCACCGGCUUCCGAACGACGGAGAUGAACCGGUUAUGCAUCUGGACUCCCCGAAGGAUCCCUACGACCUCUACUUUUAUGCCCCCGACGCCUGGGUCCCUUCACACAUCUCCACCAAGCAGCCACCGCCUACUCCCCCGCUGCCGCCCAAGCUGCCCCCGCCGCCCCGCGGGGGCCGCCCGCAACGCCUGGAGCCGCUCUCCCCAGCCACACUCCCCAACAAUUUCGUGUGAACCCAGCUCGGGUCCCGCCAGAUCUGCGCCAACUCCAGUCGGAGGAAGGAGCCAGAGGUCCGGCCCUCCAGGCCUGCUUUGCUACCUAGUGGUCCUCUCGGAUGGGGGGGCCAACACAGAGAAGUGCUUUCGCUGCGACCGGAAAACACGGCUGAAGCCGAAUAAAGUGCAUUUCCCCAUGGUUC